AUGGAUUUUUUUGAAGUUAUGAAGGAUAGAGAUAUUGUAACUGAUGAAGCAGAAAUAACAGAAUACUUUGAAAAAACACAAGAGAUACAAUAUGACAUGUAUGAAUAUGGUCAAAAAACUACUAGUGAAAAUAUCACAAAUAUUUUUGAUCAAUCUUCAACCCUGAAAGAGAGAUCUACUCUUGCAGAGACGGAAAGUCCCGAUGAAGAGUUAUACGAUUAUGAGAAAUUCAAAAAGGAAUAUGAACAGCAGCUGGAAUAUAAUAUAGAACAUGGGAAAGUAUUGAAUUAUACUGAGAAAGAAGAAUUAGAGGACAUUCCAAAAGAAGCAUUGAAAGAAUCCAACUGUACAAAAGAGGAGCUAAGUCAAAUUGGAAUUAAAGCAUUAAAAUGCCUUUUAUAUGAUUAUAAGCAUGUGAAGGACAUAACGCAUAUAAAUAGGAUUUUGGCAAGGACAUGGCUGGUUCUCAAAAUUUGGUUAUUAAUUUAUAUUUGUCUGGCAAUACCCUGCUGGUGUCAAAGAGGAUGGUGCUGCUGCUGUUUUCGUUGCAAAUUUUGUUUUCCGAAAAAAAGAAUUACAUUCGCGAAACAAUAUUAUGCAAUGAAUCCACCUGGCACUUUUGUGAAAGAUUUAAAAAAGGAGAAAUAUGUAAAAGAACCUAUUAAAUAUGAAGCUACUGAAUAUGAGUAUAAUGCAUAUGAAACAUUCGAAACUGCAAUAAGAAAUAUAUAGAUAUUAAUAUUUAUUAAAUGUUAAUUUUAUCCAAUUUUAUUAGUAAUUACUCAAUAUGAAUUAUUAGU